AUGCGCUGUGUCCGUUCUCGAUAUACCCUCAACUAUAAGUCUGUUGUGAAAACUGCUUCGAACAAGCUAAUUGGAGGGAAAGCACAAUGGUUAAGUAGUGGCAAUAACAAGAACAAAAGUCUAAAUAUAUUAGCAUACAACUCAAGCCAAGACCACGCCCUCGAGACAAGCAAAAGGGAGCCGAGUACGACCCUCGUGUCCACCAACAAGAAUCCAAUACUCCGAGAUUUUAGCCUCGUCCGAAUGCCUGGGAUGCCCUCCGUAGCCUUGGCUUCCCCCGCGCUCACCUGUUGGCUGUUCCUCGCUACACUCACAACGUCGAUGCCUCGCUCUCCACCUCUCGCCCCCUCGGCCUCGCUCUCCACCUCUCGCCCCCUCGGCCUCGCUCUCCACCUCUCGUCCCUUCGGCCUCGCUCUCCACCUCUCGUCCCUUCGGCCUCGCUCUCCACCUCUCGUCCCUUCGGCCUCGCUCUCUACCUCUCGCCCCCUCGGCCUCGCUCUCCAUCUCUCGCCCCCUCGGCCUCGCUCUCCACCUCUCGUCCCUUCGGCCUCGCUCUCCACCUCUCGCCCCCUCGGCCUCGCUCUCCACCUCUCGUCCCUUCGGCCUCGUUCUCCACCUCUCGUCCCUUCGGCCUCGCUCUCCACCUCUCGUCCCUUCGGCCUCGCUCUCCAUCUCUCGCCCCCUCGGCCUCGCUCUCCAUCUCUCGCCCCCUCGGCCUCGCUCUCCACCUCUCGUCCCUUCGGCCUCGCUCUCCACCUCUCGCCCCCUCGGCCUCGCUCUCCAUCUCUCGCCCCCUCGGCCUCGCUCUCCACCUCUCGUCCCUUCGGCCUCGCUCUCCACCUCUCGUCCCUUCGGCCUCGCUCUCCACCUCUCGCCCCCUCGGCCACGCUCUCCACCUCUCGCCCCCUCGGCCUCGCUCUCCACCUCUCGUCCCUUCGAUAACAGACAAAGCCCGCAAAGUAAGAUCAGUCGCCCCCAGAAGACACCGAACUGCAGGUACCUCCGGCGCGUCCGCAGAGUCUGAAAAGAAAAUGCUGGAGGAUCAAGGCCUUACAGAAGAGGUCAGACUUGCAGAAAAGACUGAGACUGAGGAGUCAAGCUUACUAAAAGAGUCAAGUCGGGAAAGAGGUCGAGCUUGCGGAACAGACCAAGUCUGCGGAAAGGUCAAGUGCGCGGAUGACUUGCGGAAGGUUAUGCCUGUGGAAGAGUCAAUUCUCCAAAAGGGAAUCGAGCUUGCAAAGCGAUCGACCUUCCAGACGGACUAA